AUGACCACCUGGCAUCACACUCACCAGCACCAGCACCAGCAGCAGUAUGAAAACGCAACGGUGUAUGAAAACCCUACGUUGGCAUACCGCACACAUAACAUAUUCGAUGUAUCAGCGUCCAGCGCAUCCUCCACCGCCUCUUCAGCAUUCCCAACACACUUUUCCUCAUCCUCCGCCACCACCGCCAACAAUGGCGCAGGGAGUCAAUCAAGCAGCCUACACGACGCUUAUCAACAACACCCAUUCGACUCUACCCUCCCAGCGAUAAACAGUGGGAUGCGCUACGACCCUCCUUCUCCUUCCUCCCCUCCCCUCCCUCCCUCGUCCACCACGAACCUACCACCAUCAUCGUUCCACUCCGCCCACGCCCACCUAACACGACACACAUGCUCACCAGCAUCCCGCUCCCGCCCCAGAUCAUGUCCUCCCUCCUCCAGCUCUGCUCCUUUCCCACCGUCAUCCGCCGCAAAUGGGUCAGGCGACACGCAAGCUGUCAAUUUGAUAUCGCUCCCUCUUACGAUCCUCUCCCCCCUCAAAAUCAAACUCAAGGUCAAGCACAACAAGUCCAGCUCCCCCCCUCCUUCCUCGGGGGCCGCACCACCACAACAACAACAGGGCCAAGAACUAGGACAACAACAAGCAGUAGGCGAUAAACAAGCCCUACUAGCCAACGAGAAUAGACGAAGGAGGAGGCGCGAGAGCCAUAAUGCCGUUGAGAGACGACGGAGGGGUAAUAUUAAUGAGAAGAUUAUGUAUGUUGGAUGUUGGCGGAAAGAUUCGUUGGGCGAGGAAGCUGGAGGAGGGGGAGGGCAGCAGGGAGGGGAUGGGGGUGUUGUCAAGGCGAAUAAGGGUAUGAUUUUGAGGAAGAGUGUUGAGUAUAUUAGAUACCUACAACAACUCGUAACAGCACAAGGCGCAUGCAACCGCGAGCUCGAACAAGAACUCAAAGCCUACCGCCGACGAUCACGCAGCUCUUCAAGCAUGGAACCACCACUUUCCGAUUCAGCGAGUACAGCGGCUGGGGGGGACGGCAGCAACAUGAUCCUCCACGACGAGCUGCACCACUUCCACCAUGGUGGGCAUGGGCAUAUGGGGAGACUGCCGAGUAUGCCAGAGGAGGGCGGGGACGACGGGGACGAUCUACGUCUGACAAUAUCUAAAGCCAAUCUCAGCUCCUCCUUGAUGGAGCUCAAGGCUGUUGGGAUUGCGACAUUUUUAAUGGCCGUUGGGGCCGUAACAGUUAUGUGGAAUGCACAAGAGUUUGGCGAAAAGAUCAUCUACCGACCAGCUGCAACUGACGAAGAUUACCUUGAUGCUUAUGAAGUUGUGCCAUUCGAGGUGGAGGGUUGGACGUGGGUGGAGGCUGAGAAGAGGCUUAUGAUGAGGUGGGUAUUUGUCCUUGCCUCCUUGUGCACUUUGAGAAGGAUUAUCAGAGCAGCCGACGAACUUUCGCUCCUACUUAUGUCCAUUUUUAUCGCCAUUGCAAAGCAUUGCACACGAAAGUACUGA